AUGGACGCCGUCGUCACCGCCACCGCCACCCCGACGCCGACGAGAGUAACCGAAGACGAAGAAGAUAUGAAACCCUGGGAGCAGCAUUCCGGCGUAAUCAGACUCCCUCGUUUCGACUACAAUGCUCCGUCUUCUCUUCUCUCUCACUCUCAUUCCGCCUUUCUCAUCACCUGUACAAUCAAACGAGAGAAAAGCGCUACUAAAGAAGCUAUUACAAUCCUUCAUAGCUUCAUCAAUGGCGAUCAACACUCUUCCGAAAAUACUGAUAGUGCUUCCAAGAGAAGGAAAAUAUCCGCACCAGAAACUGCUGUCAAAGAGGAAGGAGUUACCGAUCUUUCUUUGGUUAAACUCAUAAGAAAUGGAUUGGUACUUUUUAUCUUUCCUAAAAAUACAUUUCCAGACACAGUUGGAAUUGUAUCUAAUAUUAUUCAGGCUUUGGAGUCUGGGAAGAUAACUUUCCCGGCCUGGUGCCAUCGCAUUUUGCCCAUCCAAGGUACCUGUAGUUUGAACGAAAAAGAACUGCAUGAAGUAGUAUCGGUGCUUGUUAAAAAAUUUGUGGAUGCUAAACAGGACAAACUAGAACGGCCGUUAAAGUUUGCUGUUGGAUUUAACCGAAGAGGUAUUGAAGAGACGAAGUCUGCGAAAGAAAAUUUAAAUGGUUCUAACAGUUUGCUGGAUCGCAAUAAAUGCUUUGAAAUAGUGGCUACCGCUGUCAAUCAUGUUGUGAAAAAUUCAGUAGUGGAUCUCAGGUCUCCAGAGCUAUCUGUUCUUGUUGAGGUUCUACCCCUCUCUGGAGUACCUAAUGGGUCCCUAGUGGCUGCUGUUUCUGUUCUUCCUAGCAACCUUGUUAGUACUAAGCCUAAACUCUGUGUCAAGGCCCUUAAUUCUAAUACUAAGGAAGGGUUUGUGGCUCAAUGA